AGUUUUGUUUUCGGUUCAAGUUUCCAGCUUGCCAUGCCAGUGCUGCCUUUGCGGCGGCUGCCGCUGGCACGGGCUCGGAAUCCAUUGGCCGCUUGCAUUGUGGUGGGUGCAGCAUGGGCGAGCACACAUGGCUGGCGCUUGUUAGGUUCAAAGGAUACGAGGUCAAGCAGAUCUUUGCUUCAUGUCUCCGUUGAGCCUCCUGAGCAAUCUUUGCUUGGCGACCUUUACACGGCAACAUCCUUGCCUCUCCUUGCUGUAACUUGCGUACUGGGUUGGCUGACUCGGCCUACUGCAGAUGCGGAGCAGGUUCCGAAGGGCUUUCAGCAAUUUCAGUUUCAAUAUUUGCUUGUUUGGUUUCUCGCCAUCACAGCAGACUGGUUACAGGGGCCAUAUGUUUAUGAGCUCUAUGCAUCAUAUGGAUGGAGCAAAGCGGACAUUGCCCGGCUUUUUGUGGCUGGAUUUGCCUCUUCGAUGCUCACUGGCACUUUCAUCGGUUCUGUAGCAGAUGCCUGGGGCCGGAAGUUUUGCGCAAUUCUAUAUUGUAUUCUUUAUGGGCUAGCUUGCUUAACCAAGCAUGUGAAUGUCUAUGGGGUGUUGAUGCUUGGCCGGCUACUUGGCGGCGCAGCAACCUCCUUGCUGUUUAGCACAUUUGAAUGCUGGAUGGUGGGAGAGCACAAGCGAUGUGGUUUCCCAGAUGGUUUGCUCCGCUACAUGUUUGGACUUAUGUUUUUUGUGCAGUAUCUCGCUGCCAUCGGUGCUGGAUGGUUAGCACAACUGGCCGCGUCUUCGAUGCCUUUGACACAAGUUGCUGACUCAGAUGCUCUUUGGUAUGGAGGCUCUACUUUACCGUUUGACCUGUCGUUGGCCUUUCUCCUCACAGCCAUGCCUGCCAUCUAUUUUAUGUGGCAGGAGAACUAUGGUGAAAGACGUGGCGAAGGGGUGGCCGGUCUUUCUCAAGUGGCACUGUCCUUCCAGGCUGGAUGCGAUGCUCUCGCAUCUGAUUGGCGUGUCCCCUUGCUUGGCCUGGCAGUUGCUGCCUUCGAGAGCUCUAUGUACGUUUUUGUCUUCAACUGGACUCCAGCAUUGGAUGGUUGUUCUGCUGGUACUCCACCACAUGGACUUAUCUUCAGCGCCUUCAUGAUGGCUUGCAUGUGCGGAUCCUCGCUCUUCAACCUGCUUGAUGCAUCAAUUGCACCCAUCAAGGCCCUUUGGCCUGUUUGCCUCCUCGCAGCCGGUGCACUGGCCACAGUGGCUUCUUCUUUGUUCACCACCUCUAGUGAAGCCUUGAUUUUCUUCAGCUUCCUUGCUUUUGAAGCGUGUGUGGGUGCCUACUUCCCCUGUGUGAGCACUGUGAAGAGUGAACUGGUCCCGGAAGAAGCGCGGGCUGGAGUCUACAAUGUAUACCGUGUGCCCUUGAACAUGUGCGUCGUGCUACUAUUGCUUGCAGAUCUGGAGUCACCGAACAGAAUUAGCUGGUGGGAUGAUGCAACUUUUCCAGCAAAUGUGGUUUUUGGAAGGCUAGAAUAAAUUUGGAGCUAUUCAUAGAAAGUCAAUCUAUCCGUAGCAUUCUGCCUCCUUUCAUGCAUAGCCUCUCUUUGAUCUGGCAGGUUGAAGACAUCAUUUGCGAUCUGCAGCAUAUUGCUCCUGUCCUCAGUGCUGGCCGUCACGAUGCUUGGGGCGGCACCGCGGAGGAUCAGUGAAUGAUGUGCGCUGGUGGAGCUGUUUCAGUUUCCCCUUGACUCCCUUGUCCGUCUCAAAUCCUAGGUUUGAAGUGCAGGUAGUUUUUUUUUUCAGUUUUUAGUC